AAAUUCCUGCUCCAGAACGCUUGUCUUCGUUGUGCGGGGUAAAGCAUCUUAGAGUUUUUUUCAAAGUGGAAUCGCGCGAUCCCAAGGUUUUUAGCCUGUUUGCAGGACAAGCUAAGUCAUGGAGCUGGUAGAGUUUUGCGGGUUGAUUAUCGUGUUGUUCUCUGGUGUGGUUAAUUCUUGGGGCGAUUAUAGUUACAGAGGAGGAACCAUCUCUUACAGGCCAAAUACAAACUAUCCAACCCCGCGGGUCGAGUUCAUAUACCGAUUGGCGUUUGAAGCGGACUAUGUUUACUGUUACUCUGGAAAUAUCGGACAUCGUGUUACAUGGACUAACUCGCACUCUUCACCUUGGUCUGUGACAAAAUUUACCUAUUAUGGUUUACUUCAUGGUACAUUCAACAGCAUUAGUUCCAGUAAUCAGAUUUCAUGCAACAGUUUCAACAGUGAAGAAGGCUGGAGCGAGGGAAACAGCUCGUUUACUUUUCGACCUGGAUACAACGGCAGAUUGUUGAUAGCUAUGACUUAUAACUAUGGAUACUGGAUGCGUAAUGUCUCUAGAGUUGAUGGUAAUUACGGAAGCAUGCUACUGAGUGCGACGAACAACGUAUCUGCCAACGGUGUCUUUAACAACUCUUCGCCAGUCUCCACGCUACCACUGACGGUCUACUUAAAUCUAGGUAUCCCAUCAGUCAUUAAAAUACCUGUUGAAGAUCCUGAUGGUGACAUAGUGCGUUGUCGUUAUGCAAGCUACCAGGAAUGUUACAGUGGAUUGUGUACUUACUUUCCUCAUGGAGUACUAGACGAGGGAAAUUGUACUCUCAGUUAUAAUGGCGGUGGUUAUGUAAAUCAACUUUUGCCAAUCAUCUUGAAGCUUGAAGAUUUUCCUUCAGGGACGACGCAGUUUGAUUCGUCUAACGUUUUGGGCUCAGUGGAUCUGCAGUUUGUAGUACACAUCAAAAAUGAUACUGCACCAACAACAGCACCAGCAACAGCAGUAGCACCAACAACAGUAUCAGUAGGAGUAGCAAACACAACAGUAACACCUGCAUUAUCAGUUCGCAUUCAAGGGGGAGGGUCCUCUGGUCUAUUACAAGUUCUUCAUAAUGGAGUAUGGGGUACAGUGUGUGAUGAUGACUGGUCCAUGACCAACACCCACGUGGUUUGCCGUCAGCUUGGCUUUGCUGGUGCCCUUUCUUAUCAUAACAGUGGAGGAGGAACAGGACAGAUAUGGCUUGAUAAUGUACAAUGUUCUGGCAGCGAGAGUGCUAUUCAACAGUGUAGACAUCGUGGAUGGGGAAUUCACAACUGUGGUCAUAUUGAAGACAUCUUUGUGACAUGCUAUCGCGAUGAAUGCAGCAACUACACUGUGCUCAACGCACCAGACCGUGCACAAGGAUACCGGGGAAUAAAGAACAAAUGYGACAGGUAYAUCACUCCAGCAUGGUACCGCUUCAUGGGUGAUGCAGGCACUGCCAUAGCAACAUCUUGUGUCCCUGUACGUCACUGUGGUACUGCUGCUCCAGGAUGGAUGACUGGUUCUCAUCCUACCCAAGCCGACGGUGUCGUGACUCGUACGGUGUGCUUUAACUGGAAUACCACCUGCUGUCCGCGUUCCAAAUCUAUUCGUGUUAAAAACUGUGGAGAAUUCUACGUUUACCUUCUACGUGGACAUACAGAUUGUGCCCUGCGUUACUGUGGUAACAAUACCGAAAGCAACAAUACCUGUGUCAGCAGUCCUUGUCGUAAUGGAGCCACUUGUACCGAUACAGAUUAUGGCUACAACUGUACCUGUCCUUAUGAAUACACUGGUAGACACUGUGAAACCGUUGCAGUUGCCAAGGCGACCAACUGCUGGCACACAGCUGUUAGCAUUCAUUACACAGUUGGACCAUCUACCAUCACAGUUACACAAAGCGAUGCUAACAGUAUCAUGACCGAGGUACUGAAUCAUGGUACCAGUCAACUCUUGUGCUCAGGUCUAACACUCAAGUUACUCAAGGUUACCAUAGCAACCCCAGCCAAUCGUUACGUCAUUACAGGAAGCUUUGGGGUCAUGUAUGGUGAAAUGAAUUCGACUCAGAAACAGACUGCUACGUCCUGUCUUGGGAAUGCUGCGAUAUUUAUGGCUAUAAUCCUCAGGCCUGACUAUUAUACUAGUCCCUUGAAAGGAGCAUAUUGGGCAGAUCGUGCCUCGUUAACAAAUUACAAGGACAGUACUUGCUGUAGAGAUGGGUUGGUCUCGUUUAAUGAAACAUGUGGCAUCAGCCCGUGUAACAGUAACCCUUGUCGUAACAGAGGUACUUGUCAGGGUGGUGUUGGCUGGUACAGAUGUUCGUGUCCUUAUGCAUACACUGGACAACAAUGUCAGACUUACAUGUACCCGUGUAACAGUGGUCCUUGCCGUAACGGGAGUACUUGCCAUAAUUAUUAUUGGCAUAAUAGAGGAUAUUACUGUUCGUGUCCUAGAGGAUACACUGGACAACAAUGUCAGACUAGUAAGUAACACUCAAGCA